GCUGGUGCUGUUGUGGUUGCUAAAGAAUAAUGCUCUGUAAUGUGUUGCUGAAAAAUUUGGAUUUUUCAUUUUCAUUUUCAUCUGUUUUUAUUGAGUGUUAUUUUCUCUAAUAUAAAUUAGAUUGGUUUGAUUUCUUAUUGAUUGACUUUCUUUAAUAACUAAUUUGUUAUUUCAUUUUGUAAAACGCUUUUACAUUAUGUCGGAUUUGAAGUCAUUGGAACAUCCAACAUUAAAGGUUCCAUAUGAAGUUCUUAAUAAGAAAUUUCGUACAACACAAAAAAUACUUGACCGGGAGGUUUCACACUUUCAAAAUGCUGUCCAAGAAUUUGAACGUAAUAUGUCAUCAGAUGUUGAUAUGACAGAUACCUCUCAUAUUUCUUCAUUGCUUAGUGGCAUGGUAGAAAAACUAAAAGUGCUCAAAAGAAAGGCUGAUGAAGGUAUAAAUGAUGAAUUACAAGCUGGUAUGGUAUGUAAAAAACGAUUGGAACAUUUAAAAGAACAUAGCUCACCUUGUGAAGCCAUUGUCCAAAAUUGGCGUCGUCGUCGAUUGGAUCGUAUGUUAGUCGAAUAUUUUUUACGGUGUGGUUAUUAUAACUCAGCUAAUAAACUGGCCAACUAUUCAGAUCUUAAUGAUCUUACAAAUAUAGAUUUGUUCAUGAUAUCAAAGGAAGUUGAACAAUCAUUAGCUAACCAUGAAACUGCAAAAUGUUUAGCUUGGUGUCAUGACAACCGGUCAAAAUUACGUAAAUUAGGGUCAACUAUGGAAUUCAAUUUACGAAUACAAGAAUUUAUUGAACUUGUACGUCAAGACAAACGUCUUGAUGCUGUUAAACACGCUAGGAAGUAUAUAUCUACUUUUGAAGAUACUCGUCUGGAUGAAGUACAAUUAUGUAUGGUUUUAUUGGCUUUUCCUACUGAUACUGAAAUAUCACCUUAUAAAGAAAUGUUUGAAGAAACUCGUUGGUUACGUUUAAUUGAUCAAUUUCGCCAAGAAAAUUACAAUCUAUAUCAAUUAUCAUCGCAGUCAGUAUUUACUGUUGCAUUGCAGGCUGGGUUAUCUGCUCUUAAAACUCCAUAUCCUUUUAUUUUAUAUCUAACAUGUUACAGUGAACUCAAAGAAGCUCGUAAUGCUAGUUGUCCAGUUUGUCAAGAGUGGUUUAAUAUGCUAGCAAGACCACUACCAUUCGCACAUUGUAGUCAAUCUCGAUUAUUUUGUUCAAUUUCAGGACUUCCAUUAAAUGAAAAUAAUAUACCUAUGGUAUUACCAAAUGGAUAUGUCUAUGGAGAACAGGCUUUGGUAGAAAUGGCAAAUAAAAAUAAUGGACAGAUUAUUUGUCCUAAAACUAAAGAACUAUUCUGGCUGAAACAAGCAGAAAAAGUUUAUGUAAUGUAAUAAAAUAUAUAUUUAAUGAUCAUGUGCCAUUUAAGGUUAUCAUUUAUAUAUAUAUAUAUAU